GAUGAGGCCGGUCGUCCGUAGCAUCGUCGUGGGCCUCCUGCUUCUCUCGCUCCGGCUCCAGUGCCGCGCGUGUGACCUUGAUCUCCGGCCCAUCCUCGGGGCCUUCGUGGGCCUGUCCCUGUCCGCGGCGGCGAGUGACCUCGACGACGAGUACAAGGACUACGCGCUCGGGAACCUCACGCUCCUGGUGCCCAACGCCUCGCUCCCGUUCCCGCCUUCCGGGUCCACGACGCCGCCGGGCCCCGGGCACCAUGUGCAGGAGAAGCAGCCGCUCUUCCCGCCGGACCCGUUCACCCUGGAGCAGCGGCGUCGCGGCGCCGUCAUCAUCCACAUCCUGGGCGUCGUCUACAUGUUCGUGGCGCUGGCCAUCGUCUGCGACGAGUUCUUCGUCCCCGCGCUGGACGUCAUCAUCGAGAAGCUCGAGAUCGCCGACGACGUGGCCGGGGCGACGUUCAUGGCCGCCGGGGGGUCGGCCCCCGAGCUCUUCACCAGUGUCAUCGGAGUGUUCGUGUCCUUCGACGACGUCGGGAUCGGCACGAUCGUCGGCUCGGCCGUCUUCAACAUCCUCUUCGUCAUCGGGAUGUGCGCGAUCUUCUCGCACACGAUCCUGUCGCUGACGUGGUGGCCGCUGUUCCGCGACUGCACCUUCUACUCGGCCAGCCUCCUCACGCUCAUCUGCUUCUUCCGCGACAACAAGAUCUACUGGUACGAGGCGGCCAUCCUCUUCGGUAUUUAUUUGUGUUAUGUGUCGUUUAUGAAGUGGAACCAGCCCGUGGAGCGGCUCGUCAAGAAGCACUUGUACAAGAAUCGGGUCACCAGAGUCAGGUCGACCGACCAGCUGAUGCCAACGCCUCAAGCGGCGGCACAAUCACUGCAUCAAACGCCUGUUCAGGCACCUAACCAAGAUAGAAGCUCUCAGUCUGCCUCGGGGAAUCAAAAAUUUAGACAUGGGUUGCUUCAGUUGAUGAUCCACACGAUAGACCCUCUUCACGAUGGGAAGGUGGACGAGAAGGCGACGCAGCUGCACGCGAUCGCGUCGCUGAAGGUGCUGCUGGACGCGACGAAGCCGGCCAACGGGGCCGCGUCGACGAGCGCGGCCAACCACGUGGUCGAGACCAAGCUCACCGGCACCGAGCCCAACGGCAUCGCGCCCCAGUCCAACCUCACAGUGCCUGAGGAUGAGCCAGAUGAGGCGAGUAAUGAGCCGCUGGACAUAGGAUGGCCUGAUACAACGAGAAAAAGACUCACUUAUGUCCUAGUGGCACCCAUAGUCUUCCCGCUCUGGUUGACGCUACCUGAUACCAGAACGCCUAGAGGUAAAAAAUUUUUUGUCAUCACAUUUGCCGGCAGUAUAUUGUGGAUUGCGGCAUACUCAUACUUGAUGGUGUGGUGGGCGAAUGUCGCCGGCGACACCAUUAGCAUCCCUCCAGAGGUGAUGGGGUUGACGUUCCUGGCAGCAGGUACUUCCAUUCCUGACCUCAUCACGAGUGUUAUAGUCGCGCGGAAAGGAUUCGGUGACAUGGCUGUGUCCUCGUCCGUCGGCAGUAACAUUUUUGACGUCACUGUUGGGUUGCCAGUGCCUUGGUUGAUGUACGGGCUUGUGUACGGGCGCCCGGUGGAGGUGAACAGCGUCGGGAUGGUCUGCUCGAUCGCCAUCCUCUUCUGCAUGCUGGUCUUCGUCAUCAUGGCCAUCGCCUGCUUCCACUGGAAGAUGAACAAGGGCCUCGGCUUCACCAUGUUCCUCCUCUACUUCUGUUUCGUCGCCGUCUCCCUAGCCUUCGAGUACAAGUAUAUCUACUGCCCCUUUUAAGCCCCCCCCUCCCCCUUCCCUACUCUCACACCCAUACUCCUACCACCCCGACUUCUUUCGAGUUCCAAGUUUCAUUGUUGCAUCGCUCACAAAGAAUUAGUUCGAAGGGCAGUGGGCUGAUUGUUGAAAUUGAUAGACAAAGCUAUAGAAAAAGAAGACAGAAAGGACAUUGAGAAAUUCCAUUGGUGAAAGCGGGUGGUUGCAAUGGACAAAGGAGAUAGAUAUUACACUAACUAACGGGAACCCACGGGAGAGCCUAUGGUUAGUCCAUCAUUUACCCCCUUCGUCUAUAGGAAGCAACGUCAACCAAUAGAUCACUCCAUAUUCUCUAUGUCUUCUUUGCAUAUACAGCUUUGUCUAUCAAUUUCAAUUUCAACAAUCAGCCCGCUGGAA